CAGAAACAAUAAAUCAUAAAUAUUUUCUUUGAAUGUCCCAUCAAUAUUAUCCCUGAGUACAAUAUUCACCCAAAGCACCGGGACACCUGCACCCCUAGGCAUGUUUAUGUACAGUCCUAUACUAUAUGAAUGUAAGAAUCAUCAAAAUACCGAACGAGUUUUUGAUGAUACCUUCGUUCCUCAUCCUCGCUACAUCCUUUCGCUGUUUUAUGCUAUUUAUCAUCAAUCCCUCAGCACCCAGAAGAAUAAAGUAAAAAAGAAGACACAGAAAUGGUUAAAAAAACAAAAAACGGAUGCAGGGUUGCAUAACGCAAGAAGCCGAACGAAACUUCUGUUCCAUAGCACAGUUAUCACAGACCAUAUACCAUAUAUGAAGCAGGAGCACCGACAUAACCUUAACCGACAUAACUUUAUAGGUUAUGUCGGUGAAAGGGAGUAGUGGUUGAAUGCGCCUGAUAAGGAACAAUGAACAAUAGCCAUUUAGACAUAGAAAGAGAGAGACUAUUGGUUAGAAAAUUAGCCAUCAUGGCACUGUUUUGUAAUUGGUUAUAGAUAGGUCGAAAGGUAGGCAAUCGUCUUGACGAGGAAGAUGUAACAUUAGUUGCCUAUUGUAAGUACUAGUGUUCAUAUUAACACCGACCUCACUUUAAGUGAUUGAAAUAUAAACCCAGAUUUUACAGCUUGACUUGACAAUUUUGACAUAAGAAGUAUAAGUGCAGCUGGGCAAGUUUGGAGUAGAAUACAUUGUUGAUAUUGCUGCUGACUAAUUGAAAUUUUCAUAUUUUAAGUAAUCUUUGGUAGACCACUGUCUCCAACUCCUGUUUAACCCUACUUUACUCACUGUGCCACUUGUUGCUAUCCAUUAAUAAAUGAACACUUCCUGUAUCUUGCCAUGCAAUUUGAAGAAGAUUUAUUCCAAAUAAGUAAUGUAUAGACCACCUCAAAACAACAAUAUAGUGAAGUCAAUCAAAAACAAGUUUGAAAACAUUGAAAACGAUAAUUUUCAACAGAAAAAUAUCAAAGAUGGAUACAGGAAUAACUUGAAUUUGGCUGAUCCUGCAAAUAAAAAAGUCCCUGAAAAUUUCCGAAAUGGACACCAGAUCACGAGCCAGAUCCUGCAGAGGCAAACCAGUGAUCAAGGAAAAUGCAACAUCAAGAGAACUCCAGCUUUUCGAGUGGAUAAAAAUCUGGAGCAAGCCAAUGAGUUUCAAAGAAAUUGUGUUAACCGAAGUACCUUAUUCGAAAGCAAAGUUAAACAAUUUAGUGCUGUUAGACAAAACUGUGAUAGUAACAACUAUUUUGUGAACAAUGUGACGUGUGACAAGCAGCCACUAUUGAAUACUAAAAUGUCUGAAAAGAGGAAUAAUUUUACUAACAGUUCGAAAUCAGUGUUAAUCAAAUCAAAAAGCUCUCUUGACUUCAAGGUCAUUCGAAACAUGUUCGAUCACACUCCAGUCAAUAGUUUGUGUGAGAAAAUUCCAAAAGAUAAAAACAAUUAUGAUUCUGAAGAUACUGAAAAUAUUAAUAAUUGUGAUUUAAAUUUACUGUACACUGAGCCCAUACCGAAAGCUCUACGUAAUAAGACUGUUCCUGCCCAAGCGUUAGUUAAUAACACUGGCCAUAAUUCAACAACACAUAAACAAGGUAAUGAAUUGUCACUCCCUACUCUAGUAACAGAAGGCCUUACCGAUACUUUGAAAACAGCUCUCAAACGUCCUUUACCAAUUGGUCCUGCACCUAGGAAACCACCUAGAGUGUUCCAAAUCCUGAAUACCGAUAUGGUUUCAAAUAAUCUUGAGAAAAAUCCUUCAUUUUUACAUGAGUCCAAAAAACCUGAGGAGAAAGUGCACACCUCACCCACAACUGCUAAUAAAAAAGCUGAUCCCAAAUACAUGCUCACCAAACUGGAAAAUGCCUUGAGGAACAAUAAGUUGAGGACCAGAAAACAACCCAAAGUUGACAGACACACAACUUCUGGGGAAGAUAGCGAUGAUAGUCUUUUGUUUAAUAGUAAAUCUAACAGAACUCUACCUCGAUUACCAAGUCAAGAUACUGAAGAUGACAGUAUGUCAGCCUUCAAUUUCAAUUGUUUGAAUGGGUUGAGAUUUGGUAUGACCAAUUAUGAGAAAAUAAAAGAACCCAGUUCAAAUUUUUUUGUUGGUAGUCCGCAGAAAGAACCUGUUUAUGCUGAACCUUUUCAUUAUCGAAAGGAUUCGCUAGAUUCUGCCAUUAUAAAAAGGGAAGGAUCUACUGGAAGCAAUGAGAGUGCAAGGAAUAGUCUGUAUUACAUGAGCUCGCCGUUGUUGACAGAAGCAGGAGAAUUGAUCGUAAAUUUGGAUAGUUCACCAAACCAAAAG